ACUGGGCGGAUUCAGACACAUCUACACAAGCGAGUAAUUUGCGUUCUUCCAUAUUACAAGGUGAAUUUAUUAUCUGUUUACAUAUUGUAGCUAAAGGAUUUGGUCUUGGACUGCCAUUAUCAAAACAAUUACAACGGAUAAAUAUAGAUUUAGUAGAAGCUAUGAGCCUUGCCGAAGAUACCUUAAAAGAAUUUCAGACAUUACGAACAAAUGUAGAUAUUGAAUUUCAUGCUAUUUUUGAAGAUUCAAAAGGUUUAGCAAAUACAUUUAAUGUAGAUAUAUCUAUGCCAAGAAUAACAGGCAGACAAAAAAAUAGAGUUAAUAUUGUCACUGAAUCACCAGAAACCUAUUUUCGAAUAAGCGUAUUUAUACCUUAUUUAGAUACAUUCAUCGAACAACUAAAAUCAAGAUUCAUCGACCACAAAAAUACAAUUUUAGAUUUUAAAUCGCUAAUAUCUGUUGAACAAAAUGAAACGACAUUUUUGAAGUUGGCAAAAACUUACACGACUGAUUUAAGUGAAUGUCAAGAUUCUAUUUUAUUAUCAGAAUAUAAACUAUGGCAAAGACGUUUAAAAAAUGUUGAGACUUGUAAUUUACCAAAAAACGCAAUGGAAGCAAUAAUACUAUGCAAUCAAGAAAUAUAUCCAAAUGUUUUUAAAUUGCUACAAAUCUUUGCAACAUUACCAGUUUCUUCAUCAUCGAAUGAGAGAACCUUUUCAAAUUUAAAAAGAAUAAAGACUUACUUACGAAACACGAUAUCUCAAAAGAGAUUAAAUGGUUUGGCCAUGUUAUCGAUUCACAGAAAUGAACAAAUUACUACUGAUGAUGUUAUGAAGGAAUUGAGCUUAAAAAAAAGGCGUCUUGAAUUUAUUAUUUAA